AUGACGAACUCCACUGCAAGUGAGUUUGAGACCUUGUGGUCUGUCGUCGACACGGUAAUGCAUUCGGCGUGGAUGGAAGGGCGAGGACGACGAUCCUUGACAAGCCCAAAGGACAGCCUAUUCAUGACACUGGUUGUGCUUAAGCACUUCAGCUCGUGGGACAAGCAUGCUGCCGACUUUGGAUACAAGGCCCCAACGUUCGAGAAGCUCAUCAUGCGUGUCAUUGUGGUGGUUCAACCUGUGGUGUACGACCAUUUCAUUGUCGCCCAAUCUAUGCAAAGUCUUCGCGAGUCACGACACCAAUUCGAGCACCAUCCGUACGCAUUGUACGCGGUGGAUCACGGCAUGUACGGCUACAAGAUCGAGGCCACAGUGUUACCGAACGGUCGUUGCGUGGCAAUGUCGGAAUCGCACCCUGGUUCCGUGCACAAUUUUACCAUCAUGCAUUCGCGUCAAGAAGUGCACAAGGCGAUGCUGAUGAAGAACCAGCAAGAUAUGUUGUUGCUUGACCACGGUGAGCUCUCUGCGCAGUAUAGAGAGCAAUGGGCGUGCCUCGUUGACAUGGGGUACAUUGGUAUUGACAACACUCUGCGUGGGAUCCAUCCCAAGCGCCGCCCAGUGAACGGUGCAUUGGAUGCUAGUGACGUUGAGCGCAAUCGCUUGAUCUCGUCAGAUCGCGUGAUCGUCGAGAAUUAA